GCGGCGCAUACAUGAGGUAUAUGAUACGGAAACUGACUGCAAUGACCUCGUAGCAGGUUCAUCCACCUCGAUUGCGCCCUCAGAGGCCACGCUUCCUACUCGCGAGCGCGAUGUACGCUCAGCAGGAUCGGCCGACUCGAACGACGGUAUGACCGCUGGCGUCGGUGACGAGGACUGUGCACUGGAGCUACGGCAGCAUAUACCCGCACCUUGGAAGGAAGAGCGUGAGGCGCGGGGGCUCAGCCUCCAGGGCCACCGUAGCCUGAAAGACUUCCUUGGUGCUCCUGCACCAUCGCGCACCUCCUCUGGAAACGCUUCCGCAGGGCCCCCGCCGCAAGAGCCUGCUGCAGAUGGCCGCAUAUGGCCUGCUGGCGCCACAAUCCCCCGCUCGCCCCAUGAAUUCUUCGCGCGCACGGUGACAAAGCUUGCGAGGAAGAUGAAGAUGCCUCCCCCUCAGUUCGCGAAACCACCUGCAGAACCAACCAAUCAGACUCAACCGCAUUCGGUGGAUACCACGAGAGCACCUGAGCCAGCCGCUGCGACUUUGACGCAACCCGCUAAAUCCAACGAAAUACCAGACAAAACUCCAGAUGCGCCUGCAGUACAGGCUAGUGAGGUCACGCAGCAGGCCACUACUAGGGCGCCGCCUCAGGCUCAGGGCACGUCAAACGCACCAGCUGAUCCGACACAUGCCGCAACUGUUUCUCAUUCUGCACCUACUAUCCAGACAUUCGCUGAGGAUAUUCCGGUCCCUUCAGGAUCGAACUCGCAGGCAGCAUCAGGACCGGCAGCGACGGACACCCAGCCGGCUGAUCCCAGCGCGCUCCCUAUGCUGCCUGCUCAGGCUGCGCGCCCGCCUAAGCCCCCGAAGGCUACCCCGAGGCCGACCAUGAACCAUGCCGAAUUCGCUACGCUGUUGCGCAGCUGUCUCUCAGCCGAGGAAGACGUGGCUCAGGACUCGGUGACGAAGCUCAAGGAGCUCGCAAAGGGCGACGCGGGGGCGGCGCGGGUGUAUGCACUCACGAAGCAGAUGCUCGCAGAGCAGCACGCGUUGUUCGUACAGCGGAUGCAGGACGAGGGCUCACAGCUCCUGGAGGCCGAGCUGUUCCAUGCCUGGCUCGUCGAUUGCGGGAGUCUCGUUUCGUUGAUGAGUCGCUUGUUGCGCGUGCAUCGCCCACCAUCGUGGAGGCCUAUCCCCGGGCUUGCCAGGAUCGCUUUCGCGAUGGGGUCCGCCCUGUUCAACCUGCAGAAGGACGGCGGCAUGUUCGACGUCUCCUGGCAGGCAUCCGCACCUGCUGACGGCUCCCCUCCGCGAAGCGUCGCAAAAUCCACGACACCUGCGGACAAGGACAGCAUCGCCGCUGCUGGAGUCAAAGUGCGGACCACGCUGUCGAACUACGACGACGAUUUGGUGGCGAUCGUCCUGCGGUACAGGGCGGAGCACCGCUCCGGGGGCAACACAAUGCGGGCUUGCGAGAAGCGGUUGGGUGCUGCCCUCACAGCGAUGGUGCAGAGGGCGGAGCUCGGUGCCCCGGGAAGCCCCGCGGAUUGUAUGAAGAAGAGUAGGCGGGCUAUGCUGCAAUGGGCGGAGAACGUGGCUGGCAAGGGACUGUGAAAACCAGGAAUGAGGACUUUCGAAGACUGCGUCAUGGUGUUCAAUUGCAAGAAGUGACUGUACUAU